UCCCCCAGCAGCGGCUUCCGUGGAUCCAAUGAGGUGACGCCGCGUUCCGGGCCCGACUGCUGAGAGCAAGCCGGUGAUAAGGGGAACUACAAACUACCAAGUGUGACAACAAAGAGGCUCUGAAUUAAGGCUAAAGCAGGAACACUCUUUUCAUAACCCGCCCGGAAAAGCACAGUCUGUUGGUAGUCCCUUCAGUUUCAUUUGUGCCUGCUGAGGAAAGCUCAUCAUGGGGGCGAGGAAGCUGGCGCUGGUUGCUCUCUUCUGCCUUGUUCUGGCAAUGUUGCCUUCUCACACAGUGGCUGUAGCGGUCAUGUCAGUUGACCUGGGCAGUGAGUGGAUGAAAAUGGCGAUAGUGAAACCUGGCGUGCCGAUGGAGAUUGUUCUCAACAAGGAGUCAAGGAGGAAAACGCCCACGGCUGUAUGUCUCAAGGAAAAUGAAAGACUUUUUGGAGACAGUGCACUAGGAGUGUCUGUGAAGAACCCCAAAACUGUUUAUAGACACCUCCAAAGCCUCCUGGGCAAGAAGUACGACAACCUCCAGGUGGCGCUCUACCAGAAACGUUUCCCUGAGCACCAGCUGCAGGAGGACCCAGUCAGAGGCACAGUUUACUUUAAAAACUCAGAAGAAAUGCAGUACACACCUGAGGAGCUCCUCGGGAUGGUGCUCAAUUAUUCUUGUGGACUGGCUCAGGACUUUGCAGAACAACCAAUCAAAGAUGCAGUGAUCACCGUCCCAGCCUUUUUCAACCAGGCAGAGCGCAGGGCAGUCCUGCAGGCUGCACAGAUGGCCGGUCUAAAGGUUCUUCAGCUCAUCAACGACAACACAGCCGUGGCCCUGAACUAUGGGGUCUUCAGGAGGAAAGAUAUCGACAACACAGCUAAGAAUGUGAUGUUUUAUGAUAUGGGCUCGGGCAGCACCACUGCCACCAUCGUCUCUUAUCAGACAGUCAAAACCAAGGAGUCUGGCACCCAGCCCCAGCUACAGAUCAGAGGUGUCGGGUUUGACCGUGGGUUGGGGGGCUUUGAGAUGGACAUGCGACUCCGGGACCACCUGGCCAAACUGUUCAACGAGCAGAAAAAGAGCAAGAAAGAUGUAAGGGAGAACCAGCGGGCCAUGGCCAAGCUGCUCAAAGAGGCUCAGAGGCUCAAGACGGUGCUUAGUGCAAAUGUGGACUUCAUGGCCCAGGUGGAAGGUUUGAUGGAUGACAUUGACUUCAAAGCUAAGGUGACCAGGACUGAGUUUGAAGAGCUGUGUGCUGAUCUUUUCGAAAGAGUGCCUCGCCCAGUGGAGGAUGCCCUCACAGCCGCAGAAAUGAAGCUGGAUGAAAUUGAGCAGGUGAUUUUAGUAGGUGGCUCCACCCGUGUCCCCAAGGUUCAGGAAGUGCUGCUCAAAGCUGUGGGGAAAGAGGAGCUGGGGAAGAACAUCAAUGCAGACGAGGCAGCAGCCAUGGGUGCUGUGUACCAGGCUGCUGCCCUCAGCAAGGCCUUCAAGGUCAAACCGUUCCUGGUCCGAGACGCAGCUGUCUUCCCAAUUCAGGUGGAGUUCACCCGUGAGACGGAGGAAGAGGGGAUAAAAACCCUGAAACACAAUAAACGUAUCCUCUUCCAGAGGAUGGCGCCCUACCCCCAGCGCAAGGUCAUUACAUUCAACCGCUACAACGAUGACUUUGCUUUCGACAUCAACUACGGCGACCUCAGCUUCCUGAGUCAGGAGGACAUCAGUGUGUUUGGUUCUCUGAACCUGACCACAGUCAAACUGUCUGGAGUAGGCAGCAGCUUUCAGAAGCAUGCAGAUGCAGAGUCUAAAGGCAUCAAAGCCCAUUUCAACAUGGAUGAAAGUGGAGUGCUCCUGCUGGAUCGGGUGGAGUCUGUCUUUGAAACUAUUGUGGAGGAAAAAGAAGAGGAAUCAACAUUAACUAAACUGGGUAACACAAUUUCCACCUUGUUUGGAGGAGGAUCGUCAGAACCUGCCGCAAAUGUAACUGAACCUGUCCAGGAUGAGGAGGAAGUGCCUCCAGAGUCUGGAAAGGACGGCAAGGGCGAGGACAGUAAGGACGAGGCCCAGAAGGACGAGGUAGCCAAGGAGAAUCAGGAAAAUUCUGAGAAAAGUACAGAUGAAGAGAAAAGUCAGGAGAAGACAGAGGAGGCAGGCAGCAAGACUGAUGCCAAGGAAAAGGACGGCGAGAAAUCUGUAAAUGCUGAGGCAGAGAAGGAUGCGGAAAAGAAGGCAAAACCUCAGAAAAAGAGCAAGAUCUCUGAAGACAUCACAGUGGAACUCAUCAUCAAUGACAUCCUCAACCCCACUGCAGAUGAUGUCACUUCCUCUAAGAAGAUGUUGCAGGAUUUGACAGACAGAGACCUGGCCAAACAGGAAAGGGAAAAGACACUUAACAGUCUGGAAGCUUUUAUCUUUGAGACACAGGACAAGCUGUACCAGGAGGAUUACCAGCUGGUGGUGUCAGAGGAGGAGAAGGAGCAGAUCGCCGCCAAACUGAGCGAGGCAUCGGAUUGGAUGGACGAGGAAGGCUACGCGGCCACCACCAAGCAGCUGAGAGAGAAGCUGUCUCAGCUGAAGAGCCUGUGCAAGGACAUGUUUUUCAGGGUGGAGGAGCGACGCAAGUUGCCGGACCGCCUGGCCGCCCUAGACAGCAUGCUAAACACCUCCAGCUUCUUCUUGAGGAGUGCCAGACUGAUUCCAGAGGAUGACCAAAUCUUCACUGAAGUUGAGCUGAAUAUGUUAGAAAAAGUGAUCAACGAAACAACGACGUGGAAGAAUGAGACGGUAGCAGAGCAGGAGAAACGCUCUCCAAAGGAGCGGCCCAUCCUACUGUCCAAAGACAUAGAGUCCAAACUAGCUCUGCUGGAUCGAGAGGUCAACUACUUGCUCAACAAAGCAAAGUUUGCCAAGCCGAAGGCUAAAGCCAAAGCCAAGAACAGCACCAGCACUGAUAAAAGCAGCAAGGCCAAUAACACAGCCGAGGAGAAAGUCAUCCCUCCCACAGAGGAGAGCACGGACACCAAGAGUGAAAGCCCAGAGGAGGCGCAGCCGGGCGAAGCCCCGUCCACUGAGGAGAGCACUGUACACACAGACUCAGACAGCCUAUCACAGCCCACAGAAGAGACAACAACUACAGGACCAACGGAGAAGGCCCCACCUGAAAACCACAUAGAGGAUGAAUUAUAACAGCUGGAACUGGGAAAAAAUCACUAUAUUUAUUGACAGUGUAUAAAUGUUCAAGUUCCUUCUCACUUUUUUUUUUUUUUUUUUUUUGGUCUGUCUUUUCUUUCUUUUUUUUUUUUUUUGUUGUUGUGUUUUGCCCGUUUAUUGAACUGCUGGAAGCUGAUUGGAUAAGGAUUGGAGACCACUCAUCUUGUCCCCCCCCCCCCUCUCCCACCCCCCUCUUCCUCUUCUGUGCUGUUCAUCUCUUCUGUCUUUCAUGGAUUCUGUAAGCAACACAAUGAAGAAGCAGUUCAAUAAAGAUAAAGCCCAAGACAGGGUCUGUGCUGUGAUAGAUGCAGGUCCAGACAAAAUACCUUCUCACGUCCAACAAAAGAACACAUCGGUGCUGACACACAGGGAGAUGUGAGCAGUGCUUGGCCGUAUUGAAGCAACUAUAUGGACAUUUGACAAGGUGCUGUUAUACUCCGGUUUGUCAUUCAUGAAUAUUUCAUUUCCUGCACUGUAUCCUCAACCAUGGUGUAUUGCUGUGAGGUUAUUAUUUGUCCUAACACCUGCACCUUUACUUACCUUUUCAUGGCCUCUGAGUAAGUCAGGGGUGGUUUCCGGAAUCCGGAAUUAUUUGGCCAUAUCAUUUGUAGGUGUAUUUGUAGAAAAUGUGACAAAAAGUGGAAGCAAACCUCAUAUACAUACAGUGUAUUUAAAACUAUAGUGAAAGUAUGGUCAGUUAAUUUCAAUGGAAAGAAUCAUUCAUAUGUAUUGUAACUAUGAAUCUGUGCUCAUAACUUGAUGGGGCAGCAUGGUACAAUAUGGGAAGUCAUACUACAAUCACUGACUGGGCUUUUAGAAGGGCUUGGGGCCAUUUGAAAGGGAGAACUGCAGAAAACAAAAUCAGGAAUGGGAGAUGAAAACAGUGUUGUGUUUCUAAACUGUUAAUAAAAAAAACAUCAUUUUUUGUUUUUAA